AUGUGGCCAUUCUCUUCCAAGACUGAAGAACCAAAAGCACCAUCACGGGAUGAUCGACAGAAAUGUUGGGAAGCUAGGGACGCGUAUUUCUCGUGUCUAGACACAGUCGGCGUUGUGAAAGCCGGGGAAGAACGAAGCAAGGGUGCUUGUACAUCAGAGAACGAAACAUAUCAAAAGAAUUGUGCUCAAAGCUGGAUUGAAUACUUCAAUCAACGAAGAGUGAUAGCUGAAGCGCAAAAAGAUAGGCUGGCCCAAGCAAGCACACAGGCCCAGAACACUACUAGAAGAUAA